GACAUACUCACACGCAGUACACAUCCAACGACACGGACGCACACAACGCCAACAGGUUUCGCGCUACUCUCGAUGAGUCACGCCACCACCACCUCCUCCUCUUUAGUCUCCACCACCACGUCCUCCCCCACAGGUAGGUAUGAAGAAAGAGAGAGAGAGAGAGAGAGAGAGAGAGAGAGAGAGAGAGAGAGAGAGAGAGAGAGAGAGAGAGAGAGAGAGAGAAUGAAGCGAAGCCCUACACGAGAGAGUGGGAGAGAGAGAGAGAGAGAGAAAGUAGGGGGAGGACCUCUAACGUUGUGCAGACGGCAAAACAGUUAGAGCUCUCUCUCUGGAGAACGGUUUGGCCGGCGGUGGCGGUGACGACGACGGCGCGGUGUUCUCUGAUCGUUGCGGUGCGAGUAAUAAGUAGUGUGCCACGUAAAGUGUACGCACAGGAUACAUCUCACUGUCUGCUUCUCAGCGGCGAUGUUUGGUUUAUCGGGACGGAAGUUCUUCUUCAGGUCCUGCAGCGAGGAAGGUGUCGCGAUCACGUGUUUCGCGUGCAGCAGGUCAGACGGAUAAAAGAUAAUGUUCAAACAAAAGCAGCAGUCCGGCAGUUAGCUCUUUCCUUUGCGUACUCUCCAAAGUAGAAAGUAGACUUUGACGUAACUCCUUGGCUUCAUUUCACACGCGCACACAGGCUAGAGUUGCGCUCGAGAAAAUCCAAACCUUGUCUCUUUCCGUGUCUCUUUCUCUCUCUCUCUCUCUCUCUCUCUCUCUCUCUCUCUCUCUCUCUCUCUCUCUCUCUCUCUCUCUCUCUCUCUCUCUCUCUCGGCGAUAAUUACACCUCGGAAAAGCGUAGUGGCGCUAUGUGGUGGCAGCUCGAUGGCAGCCGAGGAGAAGCUGUCGCACUGUCUAACAUUGACGUUCCUGUUCAGACGAAGAUAAAAGUGGAGAGCAUACUCAGACUGGGCAUGCUGCGAGUGAUGAUGCUGGGCUCGGCCUCGGCGCCUAGCACACCACUGAGACAACCUACAUCGUCGUCGUCGUCACAGCCACAGCAGCAGCAGCAGCAGCACAGAAGCAACUCGAUACGAGACACAUGCCAUCGGAAAAUACGUUUCUUCAGCGAGCUCGUCGCAAAAGCCCGACGAAAGGAAAAGGAUGCAGGGACAACGGAAGAUCCAAAAUUAUACUUGGAGGAGGCGGCACUGGAACGACAGCUGCCAGACGUGGACAUGAGGGUAUUGGUCGACUUGCCACCGGGACUCGACUACAACGAGUGGCUUGCGUCCCACACCCUCGCACUAUUCGAUCACAUCAACCUUGUCUACGGCACCGUGUCCGAGUUUUGCACGCCAACUGGAUGUCCUGACAUGACCGGACCCGGUACCAGGACAUAUUUGUGGUUCGACGAGAAGGGAAAGAAAACUCGGGUGGCGGCACCGCAGUACGUCGAUUAUGUGAUGACCUUUACACAGCGCACCGUAAGCGAUGAGACUAUAUUUCCUACUAAAUACGCGAAUGAAUUCCCUAGUUCGUUUGAGUCGUUAGUGCGUAAAAUCCUGCGGCUACUUUACCACGUCGUGGCACACAUUUACCACUGCCACUUCCGGGAGGUGGCACUUUUGGGGCUUCACGUACACCUCAACUGUGUUUUCGCCCACCUCACGCUCCUUAAUCAGCGCUUUAAUCUUAUCGAUCAAAAGGAAACUGAAAUCCUAGGUGAUUUGGAGGCUGCACUUUUAGGUGACUCAACAUCGGGAGGUGCGCAAACGUCGAGUGGCCUCGGUACGUCAUCGGAAGGACCGUCGUCGUCGAUGACGUUAACGACAACAGCAGCAACAAUGACGACGACGUUGUCGACAGCAACGGUAGCAACAAAUACGUUGAUGGCAUCAGGCAGCAGUACCUAGAGUGGAGUGAGGCUGCAGUUUCUCGUGCCGUCGGGGAACUAUACGCGACUAGGCCUUUUAAAUUGCUCUCUCAUCUUUCUUGCGAUGGGGAAGGUGGGACGCAUGUUAGUGUCUGUCCCUUCUCGUAUCACAUACACUGAGAGUACACCGCGAAUUAUAUACGAGAAAGAUGAAAACGGACACUAAAGUAGAGUACCUGUAAAUAGAAGCAAGAAAGCGACAAGCAUAGACAACAUUGAUACGGACAUUCUUACCUAAAAACUGAGUAAAUAAACAAACAAACAAACAAACAUACACACGCACACAUGUGCGCGUGUACACGUACACACACAUACGUAAAUACACUGAUGUAAUUAGGUUCCUUCGUUUGUUGUUUGUGAGAUUGUAAAUAAUUUAUUGUGAGAGAGAGGGGGGCAG